GGCCCCGCCCACUUCCGCCGCGGAGCUCCGCCCCUUCCAAGAUGGCGGCGGGCAGGCGCGGCGGGCGGCCUUAGGCGGUACCGGAGCGCCCCGGGUGAGGCGGGGAGCGCGCCCCGGGCCCGGGCCGCUGCCAUGGCGGCGGAGGAGAGCGGCGGGGCCCGGCGGGAGCCCCCGCACACGCUGCAGGGGCUGCUGGAGAUGGCGGUGGUGGCCGGCGAGGCGCGGCCCGAGCCCCGGGAGCCCAUAAGCGAGGAGAGGCAGCGCUGGCUCCACGCCGCCGUCACCGAGGCUUUGGGCAGCACCGGAACCGCCCGGGCCCAACUGCGGCGCUGCCUGCGGGCCCUGGGCUGGGGGGAACCGGAACCGGGACCGGAACCGGAACCGAGACCGGAACCGGGGCACACGGAACACCCGGAACCGGAUCACAAAAAACCGGAACCGGGACCGGGACACCCGGAACUGGAUCACACCAAACCUGAACCGGGACACAACAAACCGGGACACCCGGAACACCCGGAGCUGGAUCACAAAAAACCGGGACCGGGACUGGGACACACGGAACACCCGGAGCUGGAUCCGGAGCUGGUGGAACAGGCCCUGGCCGAGCUGGCCGAGCUCUGUGAGAGUCUGGACAACGCCAUCGAUUUCUGUUCCCUGGGGGGUCUGGGGGCUCUGCUGCCUCUCCUGGCAGACCCCAGACCCAAUUUCCGCUCGGGGGCCGCCCGGGCGCUGGGGGCUUGUGCCCAGAACCUUCCGGAAGCCCAGGCCCGGGCGCUGGCCCUGGGGGCGCUGCCGGCGCUGCUGGGGGGGCUCCGGGGGGACCCCCACCCCAAAGCGGCGCCUGCGCUGCUCUUUGCAAUCUCCUGCCUGGUGCGAGCGCAGCCGCGGGGGCUGCAGGAGCUGGAGGCUCUGGGGGGUCUGGGGGCUCUGGGGGAGCUUUUGGGGAGCCCCCAGCCCCCCCUGAGGGCUCGAGCGGCGUUUCUGCUGCACUGCCUGCUCAGGGAGCACCCCCGGCUGGCAGAGCCGCUGCUGUCGCAGGGUUUGGUGGCGCGGGCGGCGGCGCUGCUGCGAUCCCGACACGACGGAGCCCACGAGCACGGCCUGGGGACCCUCUGGGCUUUGGCGUCGGGGAGCCCCGAGGGGCUGCGGCAGUGCCGGGACCCCGCGCUGGGGCUGGAGCCGCUGCUCCGGGAGCGCCGCCGGAGCCUGCGGGGCCUCGAGCAGUUCCAGGAAGAGCUGGAAUUCUGCGAGCGGCUCCUGCAGCUCUGCUUCGAGACCCCCCCCGAGGAAUCCGCCAUGGACCGGUGACCCCAAAACCGCCUGAAAUUCACCCAAAAAUCCCGUCGGGGUCCCGGGAACCCCAAAAAUCCCACCCGGGACCCCCCAAAAUCCCACCCGGGUCCCGGGACCCCCCAGCCCGGGGGGAACGAACGCUCCGGGCCCGGCCCUGGCCCUUUCGUGACGUCAUUGAGGGAAAAAAAGGGAAAAAUAAAAA